UGGCUGUGUGACAGUGCACCGGAUGUUCCAGUCGCCCCCCGGAAGUAACUACUAACACAAAUGAAAGUGUCGUCACCAUAGGGGAGGAUGCCGCAGACUCGAUGCAACAUGGACCGUUUGUUGGAGCUGGGUGGCCGGCACAGUGGUGGCACUCCCCACUGCAGCAGCUCCGAGUGUUGUGGCAAUCUUUGUCUGACUCAACUGAUUCCGAUGACAUUCCACUGAAACGUGUAUAUCAUAAUCUGGACGUCUACCAGCGAUCUUUUGAAUGUGCUACGUGUCACGUGCUUAGGGCACAGCAUAUACAGUGUGACAGAAAAGAAAAAAACCGACGCAAAAUGAGGUGGUGGAUUCUUGCCUUGUUGCUCGAGGUUUUGGCUGAGGCACGAGAUGUCCUCUCCCGCUACGGAGACUAUGGGUGCUACGCGGAGGUGGGCCGGGGAUUGAGGUUGGCGCCUGACCGUGUUGACAGGUACGUCAUCGCUGACACUCUACGUGACUGUAAGCGGGCGUGUGACCAAGCCUUCUUUGCCUGUAAAUCAUUCUCUUACAGUAACAACCGGAGGCAGGAGAAUGAGAACUGCCUUCUCUCCCGUGAAGACUCUCAUUCCCUCAACACCAAUGACUUCAGAGACUUCUUCAAGGAUUUCGACUUCGAUUACUAUGAAAGGUCCUACAGUAGCAGAGAAUGUGACAGUGACCUCAACAACAUAUAUUAUGGAGGAAGAACCUGCUACGACCUCAGGAGAACCAACAUGAGAAUCGACAGUCGGUUCAUCAGGAGAGAGCUGAGGACCCGAAACAGACGUGAAUGUGAGAUGGAGUGUGACCGCCAGUCCUACUGCAGGGGCUUCAACUACCGGUUCAAGACUCAAGGGUUCAACCAGUACAGAAACAACUGUCAGCUGAGUUACCAGGACGGAAGCAGCGACUUCGACUUCCACAGUGACCUGGAUUUUGACUUCUAUGAGAAGGACUACAACUCUCGGAACUGCCACACCUCUGAAUCCCUUACUGUUGAGGAGACCCCAGAUCACUCCAGGGACCAAGGCGGCGGAGGAGGGUACUAUGGCGGUGGUCGAGACGAGUGCUUCCGGUUGGUGCAGGAGCAGAGAGCCAUCAGUGAGAGAGAGGCAGCAGGAAGUCUGAAUGCGCGGGACAUCAGAGAGUGUGAAUCAGUCUGCGAGCAGUCAUGGCAAUUCAUCUGUAAAGUUUUCUCCUUCAGCAGCUACUACUCAUCCUCCGGGCUGCGUCACAACUGUCUGCUGAGCGACACGGAGUACCGCGACCUGCCCCUGUACAGCCUGGUCAACGACAGAGACUCCAACCUUUACGAGCGACGCCUCUACGACCGCGAGUGUUCCCUGGACAUCGCCGGCGGCUCCCACUACCAUCAUGGCGAGGGACAGAUGACUGUGUCUGGGCUACGCUGUUACAGGGAGUCCUGCCGACUGGACAGGCACGGCGGCUACUACCUCUGCGAGACCGAUCAUUCUGGAGCGUGGGACUACUGCUGCCGACCCCAAGAGAAGUGUGGUCAUUCUGAAGGGUAUCAUCAGGCCUGGUGUUACGUGGGGUCGACGGGUCAUGACCAGUGGCGCCCCUGCAACGAGAACCUUGUAAGGGGUCGGGACUUCCUGAAGAACAGACUUCUUGAUGGGGCCGCAAAUAAUUGGACCACAACCACGGAGACCUCACCUUCCACGGACUACCCAGCCAGCACCGUGCACCCGGUGGAGCUAAUCGAUAUGUUCUAGUUCCACGAUGUUUGAAAAGCUGCUCUACCAAUAGUUAGUUGUCUUCGAUUUUUAUACAAUUCUUUCCAAUAUUUGGAGGUGUUAUCAUCUCCCUACAUAAUGUACAACAACAACGCUUGACAGGUUAAGUCAUACAUGACGUACCAGCGCGUCACAACGAGGCGUAACAUCACUGUUGUCACGUGCGAGACCCGGAGUUCCCACCGUUCUCCCCUCCCCGCCACCUUGGCCUCGUGACCUUGGUGCGCCCUGCUGUUAAACGCAAGAACAAGCAACUUGGAAAUCGUCCUCACCCAGAAUAAGAACAAAAUGACGGUAAAGGUUUUCCAGUGAAUCGUGAACUGUAUUGUAUGUCUUGGUGUGUGCUUUCUUUCAUUUUCAAUAUUUAGCUGCGUUCUUUUUUCUUUUUUUCCUUUUUUUCCAGGGGAGAGAGAGUUGAUAUGGAGUGCAGUGGGCUUGAUUAAGGAUAUCAGAUGGAGAAGGAGGGACACUUACUAAAAAGAGAGAUUAUACAAAAAAGAAAGGAUGGAACUCUAGGCCUGUGUUAGUGACUUACAGUGUUUGGCUGUUUUCUUUCUUUUCUUUUUUAUUACAGGCAUCAUUGUUUAUCAUACUACAGUUAUCUGAACACACACACACACACACACACACACACACACGGCCCGGUAGCUCAGUGGUUAGAGCGCUGGCUUCACAAGCCAGAGGACCGGGGUUCGAUUCCCCGGCCGGGUG